AUGAAACCAUUGCGCGCAGCUAGCAGCAUAGCACGCAACAGUGCAGCCAGCUGCGCGCCGGCAAGUCUCGUCAGACCUCUAUCACCUUUAAUUCAACAGCACCUUGGCAACCGACCCCUCGCCGUCGCCCGUCACACCCAAUGGAUUCGCCCACCAUUAUCCCGCCCGUUUUCUUACACGGCCUCGUACCAAAAGAAAAAAAGCCACGCCGAAAAGCGGAAAAAAGGCAGCAAGGGCAAUGAAGAACCCGAGGAAGAAGACGCCGACGCGGCCCUCGCAGCCGACGGCGCCGACCCCUCAGAAGGAAGCGAGCCCGUGAUCGAAAUCGACCCCUUCGACUUCACCGACCUAAAUGAAGCCUUCAACCGCGCCGACACGCGCUUCCUAGAGGACCUCAAGAAACUGCGCACGGGCGGGCGGUUCACAGGCGACAUCAUCGGGGCGAUCCCCGUGCAGCCGGACAAGAAGAGUGCGCAGACAUUCCCGCUCCGGGACGUCGCGACGGUGGCGCCGCUGGGGGGCGGGGCGGGACGGCGGUGGUCGAUCCUGGCGUUUGAGGAGGCCUCUGUUAAGCCCAUCAUCAGCGCGGUGCUGCGGUCGCCCGAGUUCAACCAGCAGCCGCAGCGCAGCGAGGACAACCCGCUUGAGCUGACCAUGACGGUUGAGCCUGAGCGUGCUGAUGCGCUGGCGAAGCGGGCGAAGGAUAUAUGUCAGGACUGGCGCGUGCGGAUUCGGGAUGAGGCCCAUAAGCGGGCGGAUUUGCACAAGCGGUGGCGGUCGGAGCGUGUGGUAUUGAGUGAUACGCUGCAUAAGUUGAGGGAUAGGCUGCAGAAGUUGCAGGAUGACCGGAUGAAGGUGAUUCUGAAUAAGGAGAAGGAGGCUGUCGCAGCGAUCAUGUCGAAGCGGAGCUAG